AUGCUUCGGUGGUUAACCUUACUCCUAGCUCUUCCAGCUAUUCUCAAUGCAGAAGUUAUAACCGUGACAUCACAAAACUUCGAACAAACUAUCCAAGCCAAUGAACUCGUUUUCGUGAAUUUCUACGCCGACUGGUGUCGAUUCUCCCAAAUGCUGAAGCCAAUUUUCUUGGAAGCUUCUGAAAAAUUUAAGGAUUCUGCACCGGGAAAAAUUGUGUGGGCUUCCCUUGAUGCUGACAAAAAUAAUGACAUUGCCACCAAAUACCACGUCAACAAGUAUCCAACUCUGAAAUUGUUCCGAAAUGGAGAAGUGACUAAAAGAGAAUACAGAAGUUCUAGAUCAGUAGAGGCUCUCGCUGCGUAUAUCAACAAACAAAUGGAAGUGACUGUGCAAAAGUUCACGGAGAAAAACGCACUGCAAGCUGCACACAAUCCUGAAAAGAACACAUUCAUCGGAUAUUUCAAUAAUGAAAACAGUGUUGAAUACAAGAAUCUUCUGAAUGUUGCACUGUUCUAUCGUGAUGAAUGCGAAUUUAUGGUUGGAAUCGGAGAAUUGAAUUUCCCGGGGGAAGUUCCACCAGCUGGUCAAGCACCGAGACUUGUCUUCCAACCAUCGAAUAAGGCCGUCAAUCCAAAUCAAAUUCCAUUCGCUGGAGAUUUUGCAACAUACGAAUAUUUGAAACAAUGGGUAGCAGACAAAUGUGUUCCACUUGUUCGUGAAAUCACUUUCCAAAACGCCGAAGAGCUGACUGAAGAAGGACUCCCAUUUAUGAUUCUGUUCAAGAAAAGGGACGAUAAAGUCAGUGAGAAGACAUUUGCGGACGCAAUUAUUCGAGAGAUUCCAGAUCAGAGAAAAUCAAUUAACUGCUUGGUGGGCGAUGGAUCAAUUUUCAAGCAUCCUUUGAGUCAUUUGGGAAAAUCUGAAAAUGAUUUACCAGUGAUUGCAAUCGACUCAUUCAGACAUAUGUAUUUAUUCAAGAAUUUCGAAGAUAUCAAUGUUCCCGGAAAACUCCGUGAGUUUGUCCUCGACUUGCACAGCGGAAAACUUCAUCGUGAAUUCCACCACGGCCCUGAUCCAGUGACUGGAAACCAAGCACCAGACACCGAACCACCACCGUCCACAUUCGAGAAGUUGAAGCCACAAUCUUCGAGAUACACAAUUCUUGAUAAGACUGAACUUUAA